AUGACCACUCUACGAUUCCCCUUCCUAUGUCUACCCAAUGAUCUCUGUUCAAAGGUUCUAAAAACUAUGGAUCCACAUGAAAUUAUUAUCUACUCAUUGCUAUCAAAGAAGGCACGUUCCAUGUUUAAAUCUCUUCGUUUGCCGAUUUCAUCGGUUCAAGUUACAAUGGAGAAACGUCCACUGAUAGUUUUCCAAUUCAGUUCCAAUUCUAUCAUUGUGAGGUUGAGAGUGUGA